AUGGCUAAAUGGAAUCAAUUCAAGGGUCGCUUGAAAAAGAAUUUAAGUGCAAAUUUUCAGGAAUACUGCGAAAAAACGACAAUUCAUGGAGUUCGUUACGUGGGAGAAGGAAAUAUAUUCAAAAGAAUCGUUUGGCUCGUAAUUUGCUGUUUCCUGUUUGUUAUUUCUGCUAUACAAAUUUAUCAAAUAGUGUUAAAAUGGAAACAGAACCCGUUAGUUAUCUCGCAUGAUCAAAAAUUUUCUUCGAUAGAAAGUAUUGACUUUCCAGCAGUAACAUUUUGUCAUCAAACGUUGCCAGACAAAAAAAAAUUUACUUUUACUUUCAAAACGGACAACAAUGAAACAGUUUAUUCAAUUUCUUAUAAAGAUAACGAUCUCGUUGAUUACAGCGAAAUACUAUUUAAUGCUGUAAUGAAAAUUUGUUCAAACAAUAUGAGUCUUCAAUCUGAUGAUGUAGAUGAAAUUGAGGAUAAAAAUUAUGGUCCUAAAACUAUUUUUGAUAUUUUAAAGAACAACACAGUAACAACGAGGGACUUACUAGAUUAUUGUUAUGGCAUCAUCAAACGUAAUUGGUGGAAUUGUGAACAUCAGUUCAGAAAAGUUUUACUCCAGCAAGGAAUUUGUCACACAUUCAACUUUCAUCCAAAGGAAAAAAUUUUUCGUUCAAAUGUUGACUAUCCGCUUGAUGAUGAUAUUUCACAUUUUUGCAAUUCUACUGAAAUUUGUUACGAACCCAAUAAAACUUUCACUGUAAAAAAUCAUCGUGAUGGAUUGUAUAUUCAGACCGAUUAUUUCGAUAAAUAUUCCAAUACAUUUUGUGACCCUCCGCCUACAGUUUUUAUCCAUAAUUCACAUGAGAUCCCGUGGGAUCAUGGAAUUGAGUUGAAAAUGGGAGAGUUCAAAACAACAAAGUUAAGUAUCGAGCCUGUCGUCAUCAAGACAGAUGACAGCUUAAAAUACGCCUUGACUCCUGAAGACCGCGGAUGUUAUUUUCCCGACGAACGUUAUUUGAGAUUUUUUCAACGUUACUCACAGAAAAAUUGUGAGCUCGAGUGCUGGACGAACGCUACAAUCGAAAAAUGGAAUUGUACGAUGUAUUGGAUGCCAGAAACUGAUGAAAUAGAUUCUUGUAGCUUGAUUCGUAGCUUUAAGCGGGAUACUUUGCAAAAAUUAAAGUUGGACAAUCAGUGCGAUUGUUUGCCGGAUUGCAACUCCGUCGAAUAUAAGGUCAAAAAAAUGGGAUCGAACAUUAUCCGUGUAGAUUAUUUUUUUGAAAUAAUCUUGGAUAUCGACAUCGCUUUCGAAGACUCGAAGUUUUUGGCGAUGCGACGACAUUUGAGCUAUUCUUUUGCGGAUUUUGUGGCGCAAAUUGGAGGCAUUCUUGGAUGUUUUUUGGGCAUAUCCAUUUUCAGCCUCAUUGAGCUUGUGUACUUUUGCAUGGUUCAAAUGUUCAGACAACCAAAAGCUCCCAUGAGUCCUGAAAAAUAA